UUUUAAUAAAAGCGCGUGUAAUGAAUUAAUUAGAAUGCACUGCAAGUUUCUCAACUCUUAAAGGGCAUCAAAAUGAACCAAUCAGAGAGUCUUUAGGAGGAGCGUGCUGGAGCGCGAGACAGUCAAAAACUGAAGUCUGCACACGCUCGGGGCAUUAUAUUGCGUCACGUAUAUAGAAAUGAAAAUACGCAGUUAUAAAGAAUUAGACAAUAUUACACACGGUCAAGCAAAUAGUUUGGUAGUAUAUAAGUAAAAGUGAAUUCUAUUUAAGACUAGUGUAAGAGAGGGAAAAAGAAAAACACUCUUAAACUUAAGACUAUUUCAUAAUAGGCUAUAUUUAGCUCGUACCAUACUUGAGACCUAAAGUCUCUCUCAAUGGAUAAGUCGAGGAACUUUCGGAUAGACGCUCUGCUGUCAGAGAGCUCUCAGCGGGUGGUUCGCGAGGAUUCUCCGGGACUGUGCACCGACGGCACCGACAUCGAGCCUGCGACCUGCAAACGGACAGAAAACUCUCCUCUUCCUCGCGCUUUUCAGCUCCAGACAGGGGUCAUGCCCAAACCAGGCAUGCUGAACAUUUCUCACCCAGGAUUAAUGUCACUUCCCCAAGGGUCUAUGCAAGGAAUGUAUCCCUCACCUAUGUACUCCAUCACGGCACUUGGAGCGCAGCAUCCCACCUUCGCGUAUUCCGGUUUCGCGCAGCCGUACCCUGAGCAUCUAAAAGCGGCCGCCCUGUCCGGUUCAUUUCCGUUAGAGCACUGGCUCCGGGCUGGACUAAUAAUGCCUCGCCUCGCAGACUACAGCGGGGCAUCUCAGUCUGGUUUAAUCGGAAAGUGCCGGAGACCACGCACAGCCUUCACCAGCCAGCAACUGUUAGAGCUGGAAAAUCAGUUCAAACUCAACAAGUACCUAUCACGACCCAAGCGCUUUGAAGUGGCCACUUCUCUCAUGCUGACUGAGACACAGGUGAAGAUUUGGUUCCAAAACCGGCGAAUGAAGUGGAAGCGCAGCCGUAAAGCUAAAGAGCAGGCUGUGCAGCUGGAAACAGAUGGCUGUAAGUCAGACAUGAAAGAAACCAAGCCCAAAGACCUCACUCGCUGCAGUGCACACAAUAAUGAUGAGGAUCUUGAUGCUGAGGAGGAAGAUGAAGAAGAAGAAGAAGAGUUCAGAAAAGCGAUUAACGCAGGUGUGGGUCUGCCUCACCGCUCGGACUUCCUGCAGCACAGCUCCGCGCUGAGCUACAGCUCUCAUGGCUCUUACUCUGAUGACGACCUUGAAGAGAUCAGAGGAGAGCGAAAGAUCAGGCUCGGGUUAUGAAGAACUAAUGGCAGCUGCUGUCUGCAUGUCCAUGAACUGGACAGGUUUAAAGAGUGAAAGCUGUUUGAUGUCAAAACUAUCCCUAAGACCCACUGAGUUCAUUGUCCAUGACAUUUAAAGACAAAAAAGUCUUCAUUCAUGAAAAUGGUCUUCCAGUUUAUUUGCACUUAACAUUUUUCUUGCAAACUGCUUGUAAACUGCAAAUGUAUACGAUUGCAACUAACUAACGUUUUUCUUAUGCGAACAAAAUCUUUACUUUAUAUGCUAACAUGGACAUUUUGGUUGAAAAAAAAGCUGUUGAACCAAAUGAGGAAGCCUUGCAUUGAACGUCACAGGCUGACACUUGUGCUCUUUGGUCUCUUGAACACAUUUAAUUUAAUAGUAUGUAGUCAAGAGGGGAUGCUGAGGAACAGAUGAUUGUCCAGAGGUCAUCGAUGUCAGCUUUCUUCCAGUAACCAUUGACUGGAACACAGAGGAACUGGUAAAUCCUCUGCCAAUAUUGAACAAGGGCAAACUGUGAACGCUGCAUUAGUUAGUCAAUUAGUUUAUGUCAUGUUGUUGAUGUUGGUGUCUUUAAUGUUAUUUAACUGUUAUAGAUUAUAUCUAAUUUAUUCAUCUGAUAUCAAGAGUCAGUUUGAAGGAUGUGUGACCUUCAGAGAUGGCUGGUAAAAUAUGUACUUGGAGACAAAAGGGAAAUAAACCAAAUAAAAGAUGA